UUCUCUCUCUCUCUCUCUCCCUCUCCAUUAAACAAUACACACUGCAUUUUCUCAAUUUCCAUUGAAGCACACCGACCCUAAAAAAAAACCUCUGAGCUACCAUCGGCUUCUCUCAUACACUCUCUCUGAGGCUCACGAAGAGAAGCUCUCCUCUCAGAGACCAGUCUCGCCGGCGGCGUCUAUAACCAGCUUCACGCCGUUCAUGGAGGCAAGUUUUGGCCUUAACUAAGCACGUGGAAUUGAUUGUUAUAAUGCAGUUCGUGUGGAACUUCUGAUUCGGAAUUGGAACGCUUCUUCUUUCUAUUUUUGUUUUGCAGUCAAAACAAACAGGAUUUUCUUUCUCUCUUUUAAAUCACUUGUCCAGUUUUGGGAUUGAGCUAAACCCAUGUCCAAACAGACCUACAGAGUCUGCUUCUGCUUCCGGCGGCGGUUCCGCCUGGCCGUGACGGAAGCCCCGAAGGAUAUCAAGGAAUUGUUCGAGCAGUACUCGGAGAAUGGGUUCAUGACCGUUGAUCAUUUCCAUAGGUUCUUGGUUGAGACCCAGAAGGAUGAGAAAAUCACCAAGGAGGAAGCUCAAGCUAUACUCGAACAGAGUAUUCGUGACUUCAAACACCUCCCUAUCUUCCAUCGCAAGGCUUUUAAUCUCGAAGUUUUCUUCAAAUACAUCUUCUCUGACAAUAACCCUCCAAUCGCACCCACUGUUGGGGUGCACCAUGACAUGACUGCUCCUUUGUCUCAUUACUUCAUAUAUACUGGGCAUAAUUCUUAUUUGACUGGGAAUCAGCUGAGUAGUGACUGUAGUGAUGUACCAAUUAUAAAAGCUCUUCAGAAAGGAGUGAGAGUGAUUGAAUUGGAUAUAUGGCCAAAUUCCUCCAAAGACAAUGUGGAUGUUCUUCAUGGAGGGACAUUGACUACUCCAGUGGAACUCAUCAAAUGUUUGAGGUCUAUAAAGGAAUACGCAUUUGUUGCAUCUGAAUAUCCUGUUGUAAUAACACUAGAAGAUCACCUUACUCCAGAUCUUCAAGCUAAAGUUGCUGAGAUGGUCACUCAAACAUUCGGAGAUAUACUGUUUUCUCCUGGUACAGAGUGCCUGAAGGAAUUUCCUUCUCCAGAAUCACUGAAGAAAAGAAUCAUUAUAUCAACCAAACCACCUAAGGAAUACUUGGAGGCCAAAGACGCCAAGGAAAAUGAAUCUGAUUCACAGAAAGGAAAGGCUGCAGGUGAUGAGGAAGCCUGGGGUAAAGAGGUCAAAGCUCCUAAACCUCUAGCACGUGCCAAGAGUGAAUUGGAAGAAACAGAAAGUAAUGAAGAGGAUGAAGAUGAGGGAGAUCACAAUUGUCAGCAUAAUGAAGCACCUGAAUACAAACGUUUAAUUGCCAUUCACGCUGGGAAGCCUAAGGGUGGUCUAGAUGAAGGUCUCAAGGUUGAUCCUGACAAGGUGCGGCGAUUAAGUUUGAGUGAGCAACAGCUUGAAAAGGCCAUAGAAACUCAUGGCAAAGAUAUAGUCAGGUUUACCCAGCGGAAUAUUUUGAGAGUUUAUCCUAAGGGUAUACGUAUUGACUCAUCAAAUUAUAACCCACUUAUUGGGUGGUCGCAUGGAGCUCAGAUGGUUGCAUUUAAUAUGCAGGGAUAUGGGAGAUCACUGUGGUUGAUGCAUGGAAUGUUCAAAUCCAAUGGUGGGUGUGGCUAUGUGAAAAAACCAGACUUUCUGCUGAAGAGUGGUCCCCAUAAUGAAGUCUUUGAUCCUAAAGCUACGUUACCUGUCAAAAAGACUUUGAAGGUAACUGUUAUCAUGGGCGAAGGAUGGUAUUAUGACUUUCAGCACACACAUUUUGAUGCAUAUUCCCCUCCAGAUUUUUAUACAAGGGUUGGGAUUGCUGGAGUAACUGCUGAUACCGUGAUGAAGAAAACAAAGACCCUAGAAGAUAACUGGAUACCAGCCUGGAAUGAGGAGUUUGAAUUUCCUUUAACCGUUCCAGAACUGGCGUUACUGCGGAUCGAAGUUCAUGAAUACGACAUGUCAGAGAAGGACGACUUUGGAGGCCAAGCAUGCCUACCUGUAUCAGAAUUAAGACAAGGGAUCCGAGCAGUUGCGUUGCAUGACCGCAAGGGUGAACCAUACAAAUCUGUAAAGCUUCUUAUGCGAUUUGAGUUUGUUUGAACUACGCUUCCAUUACAGUGUGAUACAUUGAAGAAGCGCAAUGUUGUAAAUUUUAUUUUUUUCCCCUUGUGUUUACGUCAUUUUUAUCAUUUUUUCCCUUCUCUAUAUUAUUUUGAAUUUUUAUGUACAUAGUUAACGGUAAAAUGUCUACGAGUGAUAUAAUAUAAUGUGUAAUGUUUGCUCUUUUGAGCUGUGGUGUGAGGAAAUACAUGUUUAGUAAAAUUAUAAACUUGUUUGUGGAACCUUGGUACUCUUGAAUAAAAGGUGAAACUUUGUUGA